AUGCGCAAACCAUAUAUGCGAAUUCCGUAUACGGAUGUCCUAGCAUCUCCCACUGUCAUCCCUCAGACCGCGAAUACCAUCUCAGGAGCUAUUGCGGCUCUGCAGGAAUUCUUUGGAGCAGCAUCGACAAGAGGAUCUCCAUCUACGGUAGUCCUCACAGGGGCCGGUAUAUCUGUAGCUAGCGGACUCGCAGACUACCGAGGACCUAAUGGUACAUAUCGAGUAAACAAAACAUAUCGGCCCAUCUAUUACAGCGAGUUUCUUCAGAACCACGAAGCUAGGAAACGGUACUGGGCUAGGAGUUUUCUCGGCUGGACCACUCUACUGAAAGGAAAACCUAAUGCUGGUCACUAUGCGGUGAAACACUUGGGCGACUUGGGACUAGUUCGGAGUGUGAUUACGCAAAAUGUGGAUUCGUUUCAUCCAAAAGCUCAUCCUCAACUCUCCACGAUUGAGUUACAUGGCUACUUAAGAUCAUGCAUAUGUACGUCAUGCCAUGAAGAACUGCCGCGAGACACAUUUCAGCAUGAGCUAGCUAGGUUAAACCCUGCCUGGGCAGAGCUCCUACAAGAGGUUCUAGCUUCUGGUGCUUUGGAUACAGAGAAUCCGGAUGAAAGGCGAGCUAGGGGUUUGAGGACGAAUCCUGACGGUGAUGUUGAUCUCCCAGAUGCGCCAUACACAACAUUCCGUUACCCAGCCUGCCCGAGAUGCCUUACAUCUCCGCCUGCCAUUGCGGAUGGGAGCUAUGCGAAGGUUGAGGUUGAUACGGAUGGUGCAUGGAAGCCAACUAGCACAGCUGGGAUUUUGAAACCAGCAGUUACUAUGUUCGGAGAGAAUAUUCGCGUGCCUGUCAGGGCUGCAGCAGAGCAAGCUAUUGAAAAUGCUGGAAGCUUGUUGGUCUUAGGUACAUCCCUGGCGACUUAUUCUGCGUGGCGAUUGGCUAAGAGGGCUAAGGAUCGAGGCAUCCCCAUUGCGAUCAUCAAUCUUGGAGGCGUCAGAGGGGAAGAAACAUUCUUUGCUAACCUCGAUCCGUCCCAAAAGGGAAAUCAAGGAGUAAGAAUAGAGUUAUCCACUGACGAGCUGUUACCUGCUCUUGUAGAGCAAUUAAGAAAGUCCUCUAGUAUAAAGGUUGCUGCAGAGGGCCAUGAUCAUAGCCCUAAACAACAUAACGCCUCAGUAUUCAAAGACAUGAUGUCGUAA